CAGAGCGGGAGGCCGGACGGGGGAUCCGAGAGGCGGCGGUGGAGGAGGAGGAGGAGGAGGAGGAGGCGGGGGCGGUAAUGGCGGAACUGGUGCAGGGGCAGAGCGCUCCCGUGGGGAUGAAGACUGAGGGCUUCGUGGACGCCCUGCACCGGGUCCGGCAGAUUGCUGCUAAAAUUGAUUCAAUUCCUCACUUGAAUAAUUCCACACCUCUUGUGGACCCCUCAGUUUAUGGCUAUGGAGUACAAAAGCGACCCAUGGAUGAUGGAGUAGGUAACCAGUUAGGGGCCUUGGUACAUCAAAGGCCAGUAAUAACAGAGGAAUUCAAAGUGCCUGAUAAAAUGGUUGGCUUUAUUAUUGGCAGGGGAGGUGAGCAGAUUUCACGGAUUCAAGCAGAAUCUGGUUGCAAAAUUCAGAUUGCUUCAGAGAGUUCUGGGAUUCCAGAGAGGCCCUGUGUACUUACCGGAACCCCAGAAAGUAUUGAACAAGCCAAGCGGCUCCUGGGGCAGAUAGUAGACCGCUGUCGGAAUGGACCCAGCUUUCAUAAUGACAUAGAUGGCAACAGCACCAUUCAAGAGAUCCUCAUUCCUGCAUCUAAAGUCGGUCUGGUCAUUGGCAAAGGAGGGGAAACAAUAAAGCAGUUGCAGGAGCGGACAGGUGUGAAAAUGGUCAUGAUCCAGGACGGCCCAUUGCCUACUGGAGCAGACAAGCCUCUUCGCAUCACUGGAGACCCAUUUAAAGUCCAGCAAGCAAGAGAAAUGGUACUAGAGAUCAUCCGAGAAAAAGACCAGGCUGACUUUCGAGGUGUGCGUGGUGAUUUCAGUUCCCGAAUGGGAGGAGGCAGUAUAGAGGUAUCUGUGCCCAGAUUUGCUGUUGGGAUUGUAAUAGGCAGGAAUGGGGAAAUGAUCAAAAAGAUCCAGAAUGAUGCAGGUGUGAGGAUUCAGUUCAAACCAGAUGAUGGUGUUAGUCCAGAGAGAGCUGCACAGGUCAUGGGACCCCCAGAUCGGUGUCAGCACGCAGCACAUAUCAUCAAUGAACUCAUUCUCACAGCCCAGGAAAGAGAUGGCUUUGGAGGCCUUGCAGUAACCAGAGGAAGAGGCCGAGGCCGAGGUGAUUGGAGCUUGGGAACCCCUGGUGGUGUCCAGGAGAUAACAUAUACGGUGCCAGCGGAUAAGUGUGGCCUCGUCAUAGGCAAAGGGGGUGAGAACAUCAAAAGCAUAAAUCAGCAGUCAGGAGCACACGUGGAGCUUCAGCGGAACCCCCCUCCCAACACUGACCCCAACCUGCGAAUAUUCACCAUCAGGGGGAUUCCUCAACAAAUUGAGGUGGCCAGACAUCUCAUAGACGAGAAAGUUGGUGGUGCCAGCCUCGGAACACCUGGAGCCUUCGGCCAGAGCCCCUUCAGCCAGCCACCCACUAUACCACAUCAAAACACCUUUCCUCCAAGGAGUUCAGGGUGCUUCCCAAACAUUGCUGCUAAGGUGAACGGGAACCCCCACAGUACCCCUGUGAGUGGUCCUCCUGCUUUCCUGACCCAGGGCUGGGGUAGCACCUACCAGGCAUGGCAGCAGCCCACACAGCAAGUCCCAAGCCAGCAGAGCCAGCCGCAGAGCAGCCAGCCUGACUUCAGCAAGGCCUGGGAAGACUAUUACAAAAAACAGAACCCUGCAGGAUGCCAAGGUCCCAGAUUGAGUGUGACACCUGGACUGGGCACUGCAGACCAGCCAGGCACCCUGCUCCCUGACUGCCUCGGCCUGUUCUCUGUCUCUGGCCAUUUCAGAGCAGGUCAUGCUGCCAGUGCUGCUCCUCAGGCCAGCUCUCCACCGGACUACACAAUGGCCUGGGCGGAAUAUUACAGACAGCAGGUUGCUUUCUACGGGCAGACACUAGGGCAAGCUCAGGCCCACAGCCAGGAACAGUAGGACAGUGACCUGCGGCUUUCCCCCCACCCCGAAAUCAUUGUGCUCAAAAAACCUAUUUGUAACAGAGGUUUUAGAUUUGCAAACCUUUUGAUGAAGAGCCUUUGUUUUGUUCUGUGAAACACUAUAUUUAGAUUAACAGACUUUUUCUAAAAAUCGGGAAAAUUAGUUACUAAAAAUUGCUGAUAAUCUUUGUUUCAUUAUUCUUGUUUGUUAUUUUAAAUGUGUGAGCUCUGGGAUUCUUUUCCAAGCAAUACCUGCAAAUCCAGGCACCCAGGUGUGUGUGCCUCAGAGCAGUGACAUUUCAACACAUUUUGCUUUUGUUUGCAUGUCUUUUUAUUUACCGUUGGGUUUCUUUUUUGUUUUUGUUUUUGUUUUUCUGUUGCAACACAAAAUUGGCUUGGAAGUCUUAGGUGGUGUGUAACAAAUUCUUUUUAAAUUUUUUAAACAGUAUUUAAAUAUGCUUAAAUGUGUAAAUUCAUUAAAUGUGUUACUUCUAAUUUCUUAUAUCUUGGCUGUCUGGUUUUAUUGCAUUUUUUAAAAAACUGAACUAUUAUGUAUUGUAAUUAAUUAUGUGAAUUCUGAAUUGAGACAGAUAAUUGUAUUGCUGUCCAGCAGGGUUUGGGAGGGACAUUUUAUAGGGUUUGUAUAAUUUCUAGAGUUCUAAAGGGGUAAUAUAAAACUGUGUUCAUGUGUUUAGCAGACUUUUGUUCAUGUCUCCAUUGCUGGUUGCAGUUGUGUAUCUAAGACCUCCAAGCUUGUUUAAAAACAAAACAAAAACACCUUUCUCUAUUCUCAGAAAUAUAAAUACUGUUAUUUUUAAUAUUAAAAAGAAAUUCGAUAUAACUUUUAACAAGCACUGUGGAACAUUAAACCAUAUAAAAUGUAGUAACUAUUUUUUAAUUCCAGGGUGUUUUUUGCUUUUUCUUUUAAAUAUUUUCUUAAUAUUUGUCAAAUUAACUAGAUGAAUAAAUAAAUCUAGUAUUAACCACAGUAUGAAUUAAAUAAUUUUUGAUUUUAAUAAAAGGGAUAAUAUGAUUUCCAAUGUUUACUGUAGUUGUACCUUGUACAGAUAACAUGUAUUUUUAAAGGAAAGAAAAACGGAAUUGAAGCUAUUUUUUCUUGCAUUUUUAAUUGACCCAAGGGACAUUCCGUUUGAAAUGUGCUAAAGUUACAGUUUCUGGUUUGUUUUUUUCUCCUUGUUUUCCUUAUAAUGCUUCAAAUGUCUAACUAUUAAAAAAGCAAUUGGAAAAUGUUAUGCAUGUU